AUGCCGACCUCGUCAUCACCACACAUGAUGAUUGAUCAAUUAAAAUCUGUUCAGUUAAAUGCGACAGCGAAACUUAAUCUAACAGCUUGUAUCGCACUCAAUCUUAUUGAAUCGUUGCAAUCGGUCACUUGUACUAAAGGUACGCUCAAAAUGACCUUUGAUACUGCUGCUAAUAGUGCUUAUACGUAUCAACAAUGGAUUCAACGAAAAGUUCAAUUUGUUAAUGGAGGAAAAGAAUGGAAUUGUACAAAUUCAACUACGGGAGAAGUUAUUUUGAUUAUGAUGAAACUUAUUCCCAAUACAUUUACUUUAAAAGGAAAUCAAAUUACCGUCAAAACAACAAAUGACACAGGUAUUACACCACUUGUCUGUUUUGAUAAGAUAGUAAUGAAAAUGACAACUGAACAAGAAUCAACGAAAGAAACAAGUUCAACGACUAGCAGCACAACAAUGGCUACUCAAACUACGACCACAACAUCAGUGACCUCACCAACGGUGACUAUGAGCGUGAUGACCAAGGCGUUAUUGCCAAUCAAUAUGACAUCAACAAUAAAAACAAAGAGUAAUGAAACAAUACGUGGAUUUUGUUUUGGUAUACCUGAUUCCACAAACGUUUAUUUUAUUGAACAACCCUCGACCGGCCAAAUAUAUCAACCGGGUAAUCCUAUUCGAAUAGAAUGGGUAGCAAAAAAUUUUGAUUCAACAGCGAAUCAAAAUUUUAUUAUAAAAUUAAAACGUUAUCGACCAAUUAUUUACGAUGAAACAAUUUAUUCGCUGCGAUCAUGUACAAAUCCUUCCUUAGGCUUCUGUUUCGACUAUCUAAUAUCCGUCGUGGAACCAUCAACUGCCGAUUUCUAUUAUUACUUCGAGUGGUGUGACUGGUGGCCUUACUCAUGCUCGCAGACUGGUAAUCGUUUCAAAAUACCUGCACAUGUUACUGGUGGAUGGAAUUAUAAUACUCAGUUAGCCCGAGCUAAUUCACCAAUAACUAUAUUCCGUAUUGAUUGUAAUUCAAAUCCAACCAAUUUUGUCGCACGCUUAUGUAAUGAAAAUCGUCAAAUGACAAUUGAUUUAACAUGUACAAAUUGUUAUUUGAAAUAUGAUUAUAGCAUUCUAAAUUUGGAUCUAAUUGCAAGUGGUGGCGUUCUUGGUACAAUGAAUAUCAAGUUUAAAUCAGCAACAACAGUGAAUUUAGAGUUAUUGUUAACAUCAAAUUAUGUUUAUGAGAAAUCAGGGACAAUAUCAUCCAUGAAGAUAAACUUGUUUGGCUUUGGCUUUUCGAUACUUGGUUAUUCAUUCGAAUCUGGUUGUUUUCUCGAUGUUGAUCUACCCUACUCAAUUCGUUUAGACGCACUCGGACGUAUAUCAACUGGUUUACAAUAUGUCUUAAAUACUCAUUUUACUUUUAAAGUUAAUAGUGGAACGCCUUCACACGAAUUGUCGAUGACAUUAGAUAAACAAUAUUAUCCAGUACAAGCAAGUUUCAAAGCUAACCUCACGGUUGAAAUUGGUUUAAAGCCAACAUUACGAAUGUCCGCUGUUAUAAUUUCUUUUAGCAUCACUACAGAAGGUUUUCUAAGACUUGAAAAUCAAUUUCAAUUUCCACCAUUUCCAUCAAUUGCCUCGAAUAUUUACGAUUACAAUAUCGAUAAGCCAUCCUUAAAUCAUUAUUCUUAUCCAUCAGAUGCAUGUAGUACACAACAUUUAUUACGAUAUCACAUUCAAUUUGGCAUUCGCAAUUCAUUAUUAACUUUUGAUGUCAACAUUCGUUUUCUCACAAAUUUUAUCUCAAUACCAAUACAAACACAUUAUCAAGAAAUAUUUCUCGAUUCAAAUGUGGCCGAAUUAGUUAGCGGUUGUUUUUUCAAAGUACCCAAUAAUGAUUAUUCACAAUCAGCACAUUUAUAUUUGGACAUUCCAUUCGACUCAUCUUCCUCCUUCUCAGACUAUUUUAAAACAUCAAUAAUAUUUGAAAUGGCAAAAGUUUUAAAUAUCGAUCAAACACGAAUAUUGUACAAUGAAGCACAAGCAUAUUAUGCUCAAAACGUACGAAAAUAUGUUACUCUUGUUCGUGUAUCACUCUUACCAUCAAUUCUAUCAAACAUUUCCGAUCCAACUGUACGAUCCUUAGCUGAUACGCUUUUAGCACAAGAACUGAAUUCCUCAUCGAUACUUUACACUGGUACACAAUGGUUAAAAUUCUUAAUGAAAAAUUUAACACAACAAUCAAAUAUUAUUAAUGGUAUUGUGACAACAACAACAACAACAACAACAAUAAAAACAUCAACAACGCAAAUUGAUCAUAUGGAUUUUCUGGUAUAA